GCAAUCUGAAACAGAAUUAUUCAGCAAUCGGAGUUAAAAUCUACGAAUAUUAAGACUUAUAGGAAAGGCUGUCGAAUAUAUUCGACAAAACAUAUUAGUGUGAACCUUCUUCAAACAUUAUAUUAAUUUUGAAUUAAGUACAACUGAAUUUAUUUGUGAAAAAUAAAGAUGCGAUAUCUAAUUCCAUGUGUUUUGUGUGUGCAAGCUUUUUUCUGUGUACAAACAUCGGGCAUCACUGAUUCAAUGUAUCACAUUUUGUCAUCGAAGAUUGAUACGAUGAAUUUGGAAAUGGUUCUAAUGAGGGACGAACAAUUGCAAACUAAACAAGAACUACGUCAAGCGAAAGCUGAGAUUGAAAAACUAAAAGAACACCAGAGCCAAGACGUGCCAAACACCACAGCUGGAGAAGGUCUGUCUGACGCACAGGUGAACGAAAGCAAAAGUCGUGUCAUGAAUUUCCUUCAAAAGGCAUUCCAGAGUGAGAAAGCGCACACGAAACAAACUCUUGAUCAAAUGAAAACUGAUGUAGCUCUAAUAAGAUCGCAUUUAAACACCCUGGUGGCAUCAGUGGAAACACUCAAUGAAACACAAGUAAACCUUCUAAGUGAGGUUUUUAAAGUAGGGAGGGACGUUGAGCAUGAUAUGAAGAAAUUGAAUGACGCAUUGGUAAGAAUGCACCCAAGAUUGGAAUGGCUUGAUACAAGCUUUUCUUCUCUUAAUGUCACUCAGCGUCAGACUGUCAAUCGCGUGAUACUACUGGACAAGGAAGUGAACUUUCUAAAAUCCAGCUUGGUCAACGUCAACACCGCACUUGAACAACAACUGACGAAUUUAAUAGAAACUGUCUCAGAAAUGAACACUUCACUGAAGGAGAAAUGUCAGUCUGGGGAAUUUGGACCUCACCUAUUUAAUCCGGCCCCGUCUUACCCAGUGACUUUGACCAUCAACUUCCUACCAGCCUUCAAGAGCAAGCCGGCUAUCGUUUAUGGACUAAAGGUCUUGGACUCUGCUCACAAUACAAAUGUCCGUGUAAGCGGGACAAUUGCGGAGAUGACCAAUGCAUAUUUUAAGUUUACGAUCUCGACAUGGGCCAGUACUGUUAUGUAUGGCGCCAAAUUCUCGUGGAUGGCUUGUCCAAAAACAAACAUAUAACUUGAUGAAUGUGGUGUACACUUAUCGGUUUGUAUUUUUGACGGUGUUUGUACGCGUACAUAUACUUGUAUAUGAACUUCAAUGUUUCGACAAAUGAAUAGCUGUAUAUACAGUUUUUGUUUAAUUCAUUGUUUGAGUUUAUGAUAAUUAUCUGUCUAAUCAGAUUUCAAUUAAAUUUGUGUAUAGGA